ACCGGUAUAGAUCUGCGGGUGGGGAGAACUUACCUUCGUUCUGAUCCAUAAUAGGAUCAGUUCGUUUCGAACGGUCAACGGAUUAUCACGUGAAUUUGAUUUGGGAGCCUCAACCCGUACGUAAUUUAGGGUGUGUCAAUUCGUGGUGUAUUGAUCACUACAUUCAGUUAGGUGAAGUGCGGAAUCCUAAACAUUUGACUAGAAAUGCACACCCCAGGAUCCUCGGUGUCCGGUUAUAUGCUAUUACUGUUGGUGCAGCUGGUGUUUAUAAUCGUGUUCGGAUUUUUCACCGACUAUUCGGAAAGUGUUCUACCGAAGAACGAAACAAAACCCGCAGAGGAUGGACCGAUCGUCGAAAAAAUCUUACCGAAAUAUCCACAUUUCCAAGACAUCCACGUGAUGAUCUUCAUCGGUUUUGCAUUCCUGAUGACGUUCCUCAAGCGGUACGGUUUCAGUGCUUCCGGAUUGAACCUGCUGGUGGGAGCACUCGUGAUCCAGUGGGCCAUCAUCAUGCGCGGAUGCUACGAAAUGGAACACGGCAAAAUUCCUCUAUCAUUGGAUAACUUGAUCGGAGCGGAUAUUGCCGCAGCAGCAGUACUGAUCAGUAUGGGAGCACUGUUGGGUCGUACCACACCGAUGCAACUGAUGAUAAUGGGCAUCAUCGAGAUUGCCAUCUUUGCAGCCAACGAGUUCCUCCAGUUGGAGCUGAUGAAAAUCAGUGACGUUGGUGGUUCGAUUACGGUGCAUGCUUUCGGAGCGUACUUCGGGUUGGCGGUUAGUUUCAUCAUGAGACCCCAGAAGGAAGAUGCCAAGCCCGGUCCGAUGGAGGGUUCUUCGUACAGUUCGGAUAUUACUGCCAUGAUUGGAACGAUCUUUCUUUGGAUCUUCUGGCCUAGCUUCAAUUCGGCCCUAGUCGAUGGAGCCGAUCAGGAACGAGCAAUCAUCAACACUUAUCUCUCGCUAGCUGGAUGCACAGUGACUGCCUUUGUGGUAUCGGCUUUGGUGUCCCACGAGAAGAAGUUCGACAUGGUCCAUGUCCAGAAUUCCACGUUGGCUGGUGGAGUCGCGGUGGGAUCGAUCUGUAAUCUGGUAAUACAUCCAUUCGGAGCACUACUAGUGGGUGUUAUUGCAGGAGCCAUUUCUGUUUUAGGGUACCGAUUUGUGACCCCAGCAAUGCUGUCAAAUCUUCGAAUAGCGGAUACCUGCGGAGUAAACAACUUGCACGGAAUGCCGGCACUUCUCUCCGCUGUAUUCUCCGCUAUCUAUGCAUCUCUGGCAACGUUCGAAACAUACGGAAGCUCUCUAACCACCAUCUUUCCUGCUAUGGAACCACUCACUCCGAUAACGAAUUCAACCGUCGCAAAUGAAACUGUGAUCGAAACUCACGAAUACAUUAUUGGGGGCUUUGGUCGAACUGCACCCAAACAAGGUGCUUACCAACUGUUGGGGAUUUUGCUGACCCUACUGAUCGCCAUAGUUGGUGGAUUAUUCACUGGCUUAGUGCUAAAAUCACCGACAGUACGUCAACUGGAAACUGAAGAACUUCACAAGGAUGAUAUCUACUGGGAAACACCGGCGGAAUCCGUUACAUGUUCUAGUUAAUAAUUUGCAGUGUGCUACCGAUAAUAGCAGAAGCUGCAACUUACAUUCAUAAGAAAAUUCAAGUCAUAGAAUAGAGAGAGUUGUUUUCAUGGUUAAGUCAACAAAAAAUAUAUAAUAAAAACAGUUGAUGACAAUUAACUUUGUUCAUCGUUAGAAUAUACUUA